GUCAAGCGCUAUAUUUGAAUGUUGCGUUACUGAGUAUUAGUGCAUUUUCUUAACAAGCUCGUUAUGUACUAUCGUUAUUUGCAAAAUAAUUUAAAUGGAUGGAACUAAAACCAUUAGGCGAAGAACGCAUGACUAUGAGUUCAACGAAAAUAGUCAGUUCAAACGAAAAUUUCCAAAUGGAACUUAUGGUGAAUCAAGACUUGUUGAGAAUAUACAAAAUAAUAAUAAUAAUAACAAUAGCAGUGGAAGACGUUUUCUGUCUAGUCCACAAAAUGGACAUAGCAAAGAAAAGCUUCCUAAUUGCACUAUUGGACGUACAACAGCUGCUGAAAUCCAUUCUUCACUACCGUCACUGCCUCCUAGCUUGAGGGAAUCGGAACGCAUGUUGCAUGUUCAACGUUGGAUAAAUAGUAUCCCACCUGAUUUACCAUCCUGGAUACAAGUAUCACAUAAUAAAAUAAUCCCGGUUACUAAUCCACAUGAAUCUUAUGCUGAAGUAGAAGAUUCAAUCAUAUCUGAAAUUCCAGACUGUAAUCCUGGUUGUAAUUUGAAUUCUGUCAAUCAAACUAUGGAUUAUUAUUCUAAACAACCAAAUAAUCAUUCAUCUAAUCCUUCUACACAAAAAUCAUUAUCUAAAAUUCCUGGCGUUUCAGUUGCUCCUCCUUUACAACCACCUCCGUUUCCACCGUUACCACCACCGCCUAUGCCACCUCCGACACAUUCACAAUCAUCUCUUCCACUUCAAUUGCAUUCAUCUGUUCAACAUGGGCAUAGCAGUAAUAAUAAUAAUAACACUUCUUUAGGUAUAAUUCCUUCAAAAUUUUCUACUAUACCAAGUGGUAGUACAGUUAACUCUCAUCAAAAUCUACUUACUCCUAUACAGUCAAAUCAGGAUAUGAACCUAUCAAAUCAUCCUCAUCAACAUCCGCAUCAAUAUUGUAUGAAUAAUGAUCAUAAUCAAUUGAAUUAUUCAUCUAGAGAUACAUUACUAAGUCAUCAUAUUGAUGGUGAACCAAAUCAUACUAAUAAUAGUAUUCACAAUAGUCAAAGACAUCCUAUUGGCGAUUCCAUGAAUUCAGGUGGACGAUUAUUCAAUGAUAUGGAAAUUCAAAUGAUAGUUAAGCUGUUCCAAGAUUAUUUCACCAAAGGUAGUUGUCCAAUGCUUAAAGAAGUUCGACGUCGUAUUAUGAACAAUUUUCUAGAAUCUAGACGAACACCUGUAGGAAUACGUGCAAAAAUUAAACGUCUGCAAAAAAGUGGACAAUGGACAGAUUACAUUACUACCUGACAAGAAACAAUUUAUCAAAUCAAUCUUGUUCGUUUAUAUGCAUAUAUAUAUAUCCUCUGAAGUUUUGGUAUUUUAUUAUUACCUCAUCCAUCAGCUGCUUCUGAUUAUAUUAGUGAAUAAUAGUUAUAACAUAGAGGGAUGUAUAAUUACUUUUUUUUUUUCCUAUAAUCUUAUAUGAUUGGGCUUCCUUCAACUGUCCUUCUCCUCUCUUCGAUUCACUUCAUUUUCAUCAAAAAGUUAUUUCCAUCCUAUUUUUUUAUCACAACCAACUGACUAGUCACUUUAUACACCAUACAUGCAUAUAUUGUAUGAUAGUACAGUAACAAUCCGAUUAUGUAAAAUCAAACAAUACUCAUUUUCCAUACAAACAUACGCAAUCCGGUCAUUAAAUUUAUUUUCCUGGAUCAUAGUAGACUCGCCUUUAUGUUUGUGUUGUACAUACGCAUACUUACAUGUAUGUAUCCAUAUAUAUAUAUAUAUAUAUAUAUAAAACUGUAUACACAACUUAUAGGUAUCUACCUCGUUGUUUGUUUCAUUCAGAAAUUCUGUUGUACUCUGCUUGUUUCGUGUUUACUUUUUUUCAUCAUAGAUACAGUUAUACUUGUUAGUUAUUUAUGUUCAUUGGAUUGUUUGCGUUGUCUUUUGUAAUCAAUUCGUUUCAAUUAUCAGUAAAGUAAUCAAUUAAAAACUUGCUUUUCAUUAGUUACAUCAUAUUUCAUUUUCAAAUCUUUUUAUCGGUGUUUGGGGGUGUUUAGAUCUUUAAAAUGUUUCUAUUUUUCUUGUCAAACGUCUCUUACAACCGUAUUUCUGUUUUUUUUUUAUAAAUAUUUUGCUUUUCACUUAUAAACUAAACAGUUUUUUUCCUCAGUGAAUAUUUUUAUUGUUCGUUCUCACUUGUCCGUCCUUCUAGUCGUUACUAUGUUAUGAUCUCGCGUGAUGAUUACAUUAUUACUUUGUCAAUAUUGAACUAUUCACAGUAAGGUGACUGGAUUUAUAUAUAUUCCUAAGAAGUCAUUGAAUUAUUCCAUUCCAUUGGUUUUUCCUUACUUCCAUACUUUCACUUCAAUAUAUCAUGGUUGUCAAUCUAUGUCUACCUACUGAUUUUUGUGCUGAUCAGUUUAUUCGUUCAUCAUUUUUUUCCCACAAUCUGUAUUAGUUUUAUUUCUAAGACUUAUUGAGUUUGAUUGUUAUUAGUAGUAUUUUUUUCAAUAUUAUCAUUUAUAUGUAUUUUGUAUUGCAUUUCAUUGAUAAUCAGUUUUUUCCUAAUUACAUGUGUAGAGGUCCGGGCACCUGUAAUAUAUUAUGCUUCAUUGUUAGUAGUGUAAGUAGUAGUAGUAGUAGUAGUGGUAGAGAUAUGUAUUCAUAUAAACUACUUUGUUACUUUCCAAAUCGUCUGUUAUUUAUUUUCUACGAAUAUGUCUUGUCUUCUUAGUGGUUUUACAUGUCCAAUUAUUGGUUAUUUCUUGCUUUUGUUUGUUUUUUUAAUCAUAAACCCGAUUAUAUCAAUCAACAUUUCUCUCUCCCUCUCACUAUGGAAAUCCUUACUAUUCUCCAUCUACUGUACUCAUGAAGAUCCAUUCAAAAGUUGUUUGACUAUUGAUAAUGUUGAUCAUUUCUUGAAAAUUAACUAUUAUCCUUCUUUUUAUUUGAAAAAUAAAAUCAAAUGGUCAGUAAUAAUUUACUUCCUGCUUUAAACUGGAUAAUGCAUAUUGUCUUUUUGAUUAUGCUGAAUAAAAUAUUGAAUUAUCUGAAUGUAAAAGGUAGGGUAGGAAUGGGGAUAGGGUUAAUGGAAAAUUAUACAUUUUGUUAACCACAUAUACAAUAUACACAUAUUAUUGUAUAUUUUAUCCUCCCUUUUGCUAAUUCUUCUUCUUCUUCUUCUUCUUCUU